AUGGCUGUCAUCGGCAAAGUAGUCACGCGGCAUUUUCGCUUAUCUUUACGUUGUCCAUUAAUAAACAGAAAACAAAGAGCUUAUUCAAUUUUAACUCAAAAACCGGCCUCCAGUACCAUUUACACCCCAAAAAGAGAGCUAAAAACCCUGUCAUCUUUUGUUACUCAAAAUCUGUGUGCAAUAAACAGUCACAUGAAAACAAUGGGUGCCUUAAGUCCAUUAGAUCCUUCGUCCUUUUCAAGGCCAGAACUCGCUAUAAUAAAACAUGUUGAUUUAUUUUACAAAGUGGAUUUUGAUAAAAAAAUGUUAUAUGGGACAUCUGUUUUAACAAUUGAAGUAUUAGACUACAUUGAGGAUGUGAUAUUGGAUACAAAUAAUUUAACAAUAGAGGCCAUUGAAUUAAAAGAUGGUACAACAUUGAAGUAUAAAUUAGAUGAUCCAAUUCCUAAUUAUGGGUCAAAGCUGACUAUAAAUUUACCUCAGUCUGCUGCACCUGAACAAAAAUUGCAGAUUAAAAUAAAGUACAGCACUGUACCAUCAGCAACAGCAUUACAAUGGUUGGAACCAAAUCAAACGUCCAGCAAGAAGCAUCCUUAUCUUUUCAGUCAAUGUCAGCCAGUCCAUGCACGUUCUAUUCUACCAUGUCAAGAUACACCAGCAGUUAAAUUCACAUAUGAAGCUGAAGUAGUUGCACCUGAAGAGUUCACAGUCCUCAUGAGUGCGAUUCGCGGACAGAGCAACGGUAAUAAGACUACCUUCAGUCAACCUGUGCCUAUACCAUCCUACUUAUUGGCGUUAGCGGUAGGUGUGCUGGAGUCUAGGAGAUUAGGACCUAGGUCUCAAGUAUGGUCUGAGAAGGAGGAAAUAGAACAGAGUGCCUGGGAAUUUGCAGAAACCGAAAAGUAUUUGCAAGCUGCGGAGAGACUUUGCGGGCCUUACCAAUGGACACAGUAUGACUUACUAGUUUUACCCCCUUCUUUCCCCUAUGGGGGUAUGGAGAACCCUUGUUUGACGUUUGUUACCCCUACCUUAUUGGCUGGUGACAGGAGUCAAGCAGAUGUAAUUGUCCACGAAAUAAUGCACAGCUGGACUGGCAAUCUCGUGACGAACAGAAACUUCGAACAUUUUUGGCUCAAUGAGGGUUUCACUGUGUUUCUUGAGAGGAAAGUUGGUGCAUCGCUAAUAGAAGAUCCAGUGAAAGCUAAAAAGAGCAGGGAUUUCCAUAGCAUACUCGGUCUCCAGGAACUAAGUGAGACGAUUAUUAGUAAUCUUGGUGAGAAGAAUCCCCUUACAUGUCUAGUACCAGACUUGAACAACACACACCCAGAUGACUCAUUCUCUCGUGUGCCAUAUGAAAAAGGUUCUCUCUUCCUUCGCUACCUCGAAGAUUUAAUAGGAGGUCCAGCUGUUUUUGAUGACUUCCUGCGAUCCUAUCUCAACAACUUCCAAAGACAGUCGAUAGACACAGAUCAAUUUAAAAGCUAUCUUUUGAACUACUUCAAAGAUAAUGAAAAGUUAAAAACGGUAGAUUGGGAUACCUGGCUCUACAAGAAUGGCAUGCCACCAGUCAUACCAAACUAUGACACAUCAAUGACGAAAUCAGUGAAAUCUCUCCUGGAACACAUUAAUGAACCAUCUGUCUACUUCUCUAGUGAUGAUGUUAAGUCAUUCACGCCGCACCAAAUUAUCAAUUUGCUACAAUCUUUAAUCGAUCAAGACCCUCUGCCAUUGGACAAGCUUCGUGACCUUGGUGGUGCAUACAAAGUUGCUAACAGUAAAAACACUGAAAUAACAUACAGGUGGCUAAGAUUGUGUAUAAGGAGUAAGGAUGAAACAAAAUUAAGUGAUGUAUUCACAUUUGUUAACCGUCAAGGACGUAUGAAAUAUGUCCGACCUAUCUACAGAGACCUCUAUGCUUGGGAGGAUGUUCGGGACCAAGCUAUUAAAAACUUCCUUGAGAAUGAACCUUACAUGAUGCAUGUAUCUGCUUAUACGUUAAGAAAAGAUUUGCAUCUCAGUGACUAAUUUUAAUAUAAAACAAGCAUUUUAUUUGUCGAAAAUUAUUAUUUUGAUUAUAGUCAUGUUGUAUAAAUGUGUAAUGUGUGCUUCGGCUUUGCAGGUGUUCAAUUAAGUCUUAUUCAUUGCGUAUUUUAUUUAUAUUAAACUUUAUAUAAAUAGUUGAACAACUUAAACCUUGUUAAGUCUCGCUUUAAGGGCGUACUAAUAUAGUAAUCUUGUCAAUAUUGUAUAAAAUAAUAAUAAUUUAAAUUGACUAUAUCCUUAAAUGCUAAGGAUUAAUAUUUUGUUAUGAAUAAAUCAAUAUAUACUUCAA